UUCCAGACUGAUUUAUGCGGUAUAAAAUGGCGCAAAUUUGUUAACAAUGAGCGACCAAAUGCAUCCAGUGAUCCACUGGAUGAUCCCAUCUUACGCUCCUAUUCAAGAUGUAUGCAAGCAGACAUUCUAUGUGUUUGGAGACGUGUUCAGUCUACCAGACAAGAUAACUCGGAUCCAAGUGCAAUGUUUGAUGUUAACACCUCAAAAGUACAUCCACCUCUAUCGCUAGCGGCCGCCAAAGAAUUAUGGAUAUUUUGGUAUGGCGAAGAGCCAGAUCUUGCCGAUCUGGUGGAUGCGGAU